AACAGCACGUCCACCCGGCCCGUCUCUGCAUCAGCCUGCAUAGCAUUUCAGGCGAUCAGCAGGAGCUCAUUUGGACGAGAAGUCUCCGGUCAGCCAAUUUCAUUGGGCAUCUUUAUCUUUCCGUGUCUCAUCCUCCUCACAUUUUCCCACCCGCAAUGGGUGCACCCACAACACCGGAGGGGCUUCCUUUGGACGACCGCUCCAAUGCGCUCAAGAUACCCAUCAUCACCUUGAUCAUCUUCAGCUCGAUAUUCGUUCUACUCCGCUUGGGCAUCAAUUGGAAGAACAGAAAUUACUUCCUACUAACCGAUCAUCUCCUAUGGACGGGACAAGUCAUAGCUGUCGCAGGCGCAGCUUGCUGCUACAAGAUGGCUGAAGUCGGGGGCGGCAGGCAUGUUUGGGACCCGAUAUUGACUCCUCAAAACAUGGAGAAAUACCUCUACUUCCUCUGGCUGGGCCAGCUUCUUAACCUAUACGGCAUGGCCUUGAUCAAACUGAGUGUUUGCGCCUACAUCUUCAUGUUGGACUUUUCGCGAACCUUCAGGAUUAUCAUAUGGGCUUCCGUUGUGAUCCAUGUCGGUGUCAACGUCGUCUUCCCUACCGUUAUUCUGUUCGGCGAAUGUACCCCAUACACCAAGCAUUGGGACGUCUCCGGAAUGAAACCUGGCUCUUGCUGGGACGCGAAGCCGCGCGUCAUCUCUGGAUACUCAGGUGCUGCGGUCAACAUAGCGACCGACCUCCUCUACACCAUGGCGCCGCUUAUCUACAUUGCGAGGGUGCAACUUCCAAAGCGGACCAUUUGGGGCGUUCGCGCAGUGUUCCUAUGCGGUCUUAUUACAACCACCAUAUCCGCACUGAAACUCUACGAGAUGAAGUCUUUAAACGAAUCGCCAGAUCCAACCUACUCGUCCGUCAACCUAAGCGUUUUCGCAAUCGCUGAAGUCUUCGUUGGCGCGUUCACUGCCUCGCUCCCGCCGCUACGCAAGACAUUUGAGAACGGUCUCCGCAAAGUGCUCCCAACCAGUAUCACAGGAGGAUCAGGCAAGGGAUCAAGACAAAGCUAUGCGCUCCAAGUUUCAGGGCCACAGGUCAGCGGAAAGUCGUCGAAGCCGAAGCACGAGACGGAUGACGACAGUGAGCUCGGUAUACUGCCGGAUGAGGCGAGCCAUGAGAGGAAAGGCUCCGAUCACGCGAUCAUGAAGACUACACAUAUCCCUGUCUCACAUCUAGCCGAGCCGUCGAAACCAUAUCGUCGCGAUCUCCAAUUUCGUGGCUUCGCCGAGGGACUGACGUACCUCAGCAGCGACGGCCAAGCCCAGUGUCAUUAUUUCGGAGGCGUCCCGUAUGCCCUCCCACCUGUCGGCCCCUUUCGCUUCCAAAAGCCACGGUCACUACCACCAUGCUACCGCUACGGGACAAAAGCGAACCCUGGACGAUACACGGGCGGCUGUGGAUUAUGUCCGCAGCCAGGUUCCAGCACGGAAACCCUUGACGAGCCUGCAUGGGACGAAGAUUGUUUGCAAACCAACAUUUGGAUUCCAGCUGGGCCAUUGCCAGCGGAAGGUUGGCCGGUGCUAUUCUGGAUUCACGGCGGGUUCCUGCAAUGGGGUAGCCCGAACGGACUCGACCUCCGUGCGCUACUCAGCGAAUCCCCCAUCCAAUGCGUCGUGGUCGCUCCCGCGUACCGCCUAAACGUAUUCGGAUUCCUCGCGUGCCAGGGGAUUAUCGACUCAUGUGGUGAUUUUGGCGUCAAUCUUGGCUUCUGGGAUCAGCGCAUGGCUUUGCAAUGGACGUAUGAGAAUGUUAGCUAUUUUGGCGGGAACGCCUCGAACAUCACUGUCGGCGGAUACUCGGCUGGUUCGCACUCGGUGUUCCAUCAGCUGUCGUACGAUCUCGGUUGCCCCGAUGAGAAGGCGAUCGUAAAGAGGGCGUUGAUGCUGUCGAAUGGGCCAGGCAUGCAACCGAAGAGUUUGGGCGAGGCGCAGCAUCAGUUCGACGAGCUAUUGGAGGCGUUGGCUAUCGACUCGGCGGCAUCGCCAGCUGAGAAGUUGGCACAACUCCGUUCGUUGUCUCCGCGAGCGAUUGUGGAAGCGAGCAAUGGGAUCAAGCUCCAUCAGUUUCGCGCGGUCACCGACGGGUCAUUUGUACGGCAUGGUCUUCUCGAAGAGCUAUCGAAUGGUAUCUACGCCCAGCGCAUGAAACGGCGCAACGUCAAGCUCAUCAUUGGCGAAUGCAGCGACGAGCAUCAUGUCUACGGUCUUUGGCGACCACCUAGGCCGGGCUUCGACAAUAUGCUGUACCGCCUUGAAGCUGACUACCCUCGCGAAGCAUGCAAGGUGUUGAUGUCGCACUACUUCCCCAAUCGCAACCUGCCGUCGAAGUACUCGAGCUGGCAAGCAGCUUUCGGUCAUAUCUACGCUGAUGUUCAGAUACACGCACUGCGUCGCGGAAUGGUAAAUGCUUUAGCGAGGCAUGGUGCAGGAGAUCUCAUCCAUAGAUACCGCAUCGAAUGGCGUGCGCAGUGUGUUGACAAGGAGUUGCCCAAACACUUUGGUGCAAGUCACGGCUCUGACAUGGCGAUAUGGUUUUGGGGUAAUGGAAGCGAUCUGACUGAAGAGGAGAAGAGUAUUGCGUUGAAAGUAUUUCACGAUCCGUUGAGCAGGUUCUUGAAGAGCGAGGAGAUGAAUUGGGGUACGCAGCAUGCGAUGCAGUUGAGAACACUAAAGAACGAUGGGAAUGUCGCCAUCGAAGAAGACACUCGACUAGAUGAAGGCUUGAAACUGUGGAAUGCGCUGAAGACGGUUGGCGCUACUGGUGACCCAAAGGACACUGCAAAGCUAUAAUGGCAAAGUCUUGUCAAGUUGUGAAGAGAAAAGAAAGCUCUCUACAAUCUUCAAAAGGCGCGGCAAACCUACACGUUGCUCUAUUACCGGAUUAGGAAAGUUUAGCACAAAUGUAGAUUACAGCUAGGUGUCUUCAGGCUCCUACACGUCAUAGAAGGCCUGCUCGACCUUGCUGUCGCCGCCGCGAGGUUUGCCAUGUCCGCCCUGGCAGCUGCUAUGCUUAUGCUCUUUGCCCGCGGAACUUAUUCCGAAGACAUGACUUCGCCUCGGCAACCGCGUCCACAUCUCAACAUG